UGGGGUUCGGGGACCUUGGGGAGCUGGGGUUAGCCGAGGACGGGCAGCGGGGCGGGGUGGUGAAGGGGAGGUGAGCACUAGGGUGCCCGCCCUGCGGAAGUUAGGAAUCUGGACGUUCACCUUUUCCCGAAAAACGAAGCCAUUCGGGUGCCAGACCCCGGACGGCGCUGAGGAGGGGGACAGGGGUAAGGCAGUCUGCCCUCCCUGGCUAAAUGCCCCUGUCUGCCCCACACAAAACCUGGCCUUGAUCUGGGCAGGUCCCGGAAAAAGGAGGGUGGAAACUCCCCUCCCGCAGCCAGGCGUGGGGGGCGGCGGGCGGGAUGGAGUUCGCUUGCCUCGGCCCCGACGCUGAUGUGGGCGUUUCCUGUGCCCCCCCGGACCUUGACCCGGAGCUCCGGAGCCCUUCCUGUGACCCCUGUCCUCCUCCCUCAGAGCCGUGGGCACCUGGUUCCAGCGCACCUGCCUUCGCUCCUCCUCGUCCUCGCUCUGGUCCCGAGCAGUGCGUCGUGGCAGGCCGGUCCCCGCCGCGGGCGGAGUCUCCAGCAGCGUUCUCCCAGUUCUCGUCCCCCUGGCGGGAUCGGGUUCCCUCCCUCAGUUGUUGUGGAGCAGGUGCAGGCCGGGUCCCAAGAAGCGGAGUCCACUUUCAGGUGGGGACCAGGACCUGUGACCGGGCCAGUUGACUUGUCCGCCGAUCCCAGCUGGGCCCGGCCACCCGCGCACAGAAUGCCUGAGGGCCCCGAGCUGCAUCUGGCCAGCCGCUUCCUGAACGAGGCGUGCAGGGGGUUGGUGUUUGGCGGGUGUGUGGAGAAGUCACCCGUCAGCCGCAACCCUGAGGUGCCCUUUGAGAGCAGUGCGUACUGCAUCUCAUCCUCGGCCCGUGGCAAGGAGCUGCGCCUGACCCUGAGCCCCCUGCCUGGGGCCGAGCCCCCACGGGGGCCACUGGCCCUGGUCUUCCGAUUCGGCAUGUCUGGCUCCUUCCAGCUGGCGCCCCGGGAUGCGCUGCCAGCCCACGCCCACCUGCGCUUUUACACAGCUCCCCCCGGCCCCCCACUCGCCCUCUGCUUCGUGGACAUCCGCCGCUUUGGCCACUGGGACCUCGGAGGCGAGUGGCAGCCCGGCCGCGGGCCUUGUGUCUUGCUGGAGUAUGAGCAGUUCAGGGAGAACGUGUUACGAAACCUAGCGGACAAGGUCUUUGACCAGCCCAUCUGCGAGGCCCUCUUGGACCAGAGGUUCUUCAAUGGCAUUGGCAACUAUCUUCGGGCAGAGAUCCUGUACCGGCUGAGGAUACCCCCCUUCGAGAAGGCCCGCGAGGUUCUGGAGGCGCUGCAGCAGCGCAGGCCGAGCCCGGAGCUGACUCUGAGCCAGAAGAUCAGGGCUAAGCUGCAGAACCCAGACCUGCUGGAACUGUGUCACUCCGUGCCCAAGGAAGUGGUCCAGCUGGGGGGCAAAGGUUACGGGCCGGAGAGCGGAGAGGACGACUUUGCCGCCUUUCGAGCAUGGCUUCAGUGUUACGGCAUGCCCGGCAUGAGCUCCCUGCGGGACCGGCGUGGCCGGACCAUCUGGUUCCAGGGGGAUCCUGGACCCCUGGCACCCAAAGGAGGCAAGUCCCGCAAGAAGAAAUCCAAGGGAGCACAGCAGGGGCCUGAGCACAGAACGGAGGACCCUCUCCUUCCAAGCACGGCCCCUCCCAGGACACGUGGGGCACACAGAGGCCCUCCUGAACAAAGUAGAGUAGAGCAGCCUGAGGGCACCAGCCUCCAGCAGGACCCAGAGGCCCCCCCCCCCGAGUUCCUGAGAAGCUCAGGCCACCGCAGACCCCGAAGGAUCAAAGCUGACACCCCAUCCUUAGAGAAUGAGGGGACGGCAGCCUCCUAGCCAGAGGGCGUCCUUGCUCGCGUCCACCCGCUUUCUCUGCUGAGCCCUUCGGGGCCUGGGCGGCUCACCAGAAGCAGGCUGGAGCUGCUGGGGGCCAGGUGCCCCUGGCCCUGUGGCUGUUCCCUGCACACCUCUGAUGUUUUUAAUUGUACCCCACCUUCCCCAUUUUUUAAGCCCACAUGAAAAAUGCUGUCAUUUUUAAUAAACUAAUACACUUGAA